AUGGAGUAUAAAGCAUACUGGGAAAUCAAAAAACUCAAUAUGGAUGCUAAGUUAGCCGGUGAAAAGCGGCUACUACAGUUGAGUAAGCUAGAUGAGUUCCGGUUACAAGCCUAUGACAGUGCCCGUAUCUACAAGGAAAAGACUAAGCGGUGGCACGAUAGUGUCAUCCUUCAUAGGGAGUUCGCGGUGGGCAACAAGGUUCUACUGUUUAAUUCUAGGCUUAAGGUAUUCCCUGGAAAACUUAAGUGUAGAUGGUCUGGGCCGUUCACCGUGACCAUGGUUAGCAAGUUUGGAUCUGUUGAGGUAGAAAACAACAAUGUGGAGUGUUUCAAAGUUAAUGGGCAAUGUCUGAAGUUUUACCAUGAAGGGGCUACUGUAGGAGUGGUUGAGGUUCAAUACCUCAAUCCUUCCGCCCCAUGA